AUGGAUGAUGCUGAUACUUUGCUGGAAGUGAAGAGUGAAGGCCCUAAACUCGUGCCCUUUUUCAAAGCCACUUGUGUCUACUUUGUCCUCUGGUUGCCAACCUCCAGCCCUUCCUGGUUCAGUGCCCUGAUCAAGUGUUUGCCAAUCUUCUGCUUAUGGGUCUUCCUGCUGGCACAUGGGAUCAAUUUCCUGACAGCCCAUCACAAUGCCUGUAGGAUCUUUGCUGGUUUGAUAUUCUCUGCCCUGGGAGAUGCUUUUCUCAUCUGGCAAGAGCAGGGCUUCUUUGUUCACGGCUUGUUGAUGUUCGGUAUUACACACAUACUGUAUUCCUCUGCAUUUGGAAUUAAACCUUGGGACCUGAAAGUUGGCCUUGGGAUUGGCUUGGUGUCCAGUUUCUGCUACACCUUCCUGUAUUCCUACCUCUCAGGCCCGUUUACCUAUUUGGUAGCUGUCUACAUUGCCUUAAUUGGCUUCAUGGGCUGGCGGGCUAUGGCUGGUGUGCAGCUUUGCAACGACCUUUGGACUUGGACCAAGCUUUCUGCUUGCAUCGGUUCCGUGCUUUUCAUGGUGUCUGACCUGACUAUUGCUGUCAACAAAUUCUGCUUUCCUGUCCCCUACUCACGGGUCAUCAUCAUGGUCACUUACUACGCGGCUCAAAUGCUCAUUGCACUUUCUGCGGUGGAGAGCAAGGAUGAAGACGUUUUCAAAAAGAGAAAAUAGAGACUGAUGCCCGUGCAUCCAC